AGAAGUUGAAUUCCAUUGACAAAACCAAAAUUCCUAUUCAAAACCCUCGAUCCCAAACAUCUUCAGCCGUUCUUCUGUGUGGAAUGAAAACCCGUUCAUUUUGAAACCCCAGUUCUUCAUCUAAUCUCCGAUAGCAUAAUCUAGGGUUUCAUUACCCUACGAAAAGAUUUACUUUUUAUAUGUAGUAGUAUAAAUAUAUACAUUUGUUUUUGUCAUUGUUGCGUUGGUAAAAUAAAAUUUGGAGAUGGUAUCCAGUUCAAGAAUCGAUGGCGGGCCACAGAUUCUAUCGGCGGGUGUGCGGAAGACCAUACAGUCAAUUAAAGAAAUCGUGGGCAGUCACUCUGAUGCCGAAAUAUACGUUGCCCUCAGAGAAACCAACAUGGAUCCUAAUGAAACCACUCAAAAGUUGCUCAGUCAAGAUCCAUUUCAUGAGGUAAAGAGAAAAAGAGACAGAAAAAAAGAGGUUUCAGAAUAUAAGAGUUCCGUUGCAGCAGAGCCCAGAAUAAAUUCUGAGGUUGUACGUUCGACAGUGAAAUCAAAUGCACAUUUUGAUCAGAAUGCUCGAAGAGGUGGAUAUAGUCGAAAUGUCUUACCUGAUCAAAUCUCACUAGAUGCAGGUGCUAGCAAAGAGUUCCGUGUCGUUCAAGACAAUAGAGCUAAUCAAAAUGCUAGUAAAGAUUUAAAGCAUGCACAGAGUUCAACAACUACCAAUGAGCGGGUUCCCUCCAAUCUUCUAAAGAGCAAUUCGGCGGGGACUCCUGGUCAUCAAAAGCCACCAUUUGCUCAUCAUUCAUCACAAACUUUAAAUGAGCCUGCUGAUUUGCAGCCUAGGCAAGUUAAGGAUGCAAAUUUAGGUGGUAAUCAUAGGAAGGAUUUGCUUGGGGAGAAGCGGCCGCCAGUUUCACAUGCUGCAUCACGAAUGCAAAUAAGGGUGAAUGAGUCUCAACCACGCUCGACAACUUCAUCUAGUAGUUUUGUGGUCGGGGUUUAUUCAUCCUCUUCGGAUCCUGUUCAUGUACCAAUUCUUAAUUCUAGAUCAGCUACUAAUAUUGGGGCAAUCAAGCGUGAGGUUGGAGUUGUUGGACCUCGCCGCCAGUCUUCUGAGAAUUCUGGUAAAUCCCCAUCUUCACAAAGCUCAUCCUUAUCAAUUAUACAAUCAGGACGAGAAGGCCACUCCAGGGAAUCGACCCGACCCUUUAGUGCUAUUUCUAAGGGUGACCAACCUGGUCAAAAUAUGGCAACUGAAACUGCAAUACCAGUUCCUUCUCCGAGCAGAUCUUUUUCGAGUAAUCAGCAUGGUAGCAGACCUCAUCAACAUGUGGGUCGUCAGAAAGCUCUUCAGCCCAACAAGGAGUGGAAACCAAAAUCAACCUUGAAACCAAAUGCCAACGGACCUGGGGUUAUUGGUACUCCUCCAAAAAUUGUUUCUCCUCCUGCUGACAAUUCUGAAGACUUAAAAACAGAAGCAACUCAGAUGCAAGAUAGAAUGUUUCAAUUGAACAUCUCUGAGAAUCAGAACGUGAUCAUAGCUGCACAUAUUCGUGUCUCUGAUGCAGACAGAUGUCGGCUGAUGUUUGGCAGCUUGGGGACAGAAUUUGAAUCUUCAAGAGAUGCAGUUUUCCACACAGUUGAGGGUGCUGAGGAAUCAAGUACUGAAGCUUCCCUAAGGUUUGAUUGUGUGUCAGCCUCGGUGCCAGAAUAUUCUACUGAGGAUCCUGCUGGUGGCAAACAGUUAGAAUUGAUGGAUGGCCACAUCCGCAAUUCUGGAUCUAACUCUCCUGCAUCGGUUGCAAUGUCUGAUCAUCAAUCGUCUGAGCAGAGAGAGUCUUCGAGUCCUGAGAACUUGGACAACUAUGCUGAUGUUGGGUUGGUUCGGAACAACAGCCCUUCUUAUUCUCCGGAGCUGCUACAAACGCAAGAUACUUCUGCAUUGCCGAGCUUUUCAUCAUAUGAAACCCAGAUGGGAUAUGAUAUGCCAUACUUUCGGCCACUGGUUGAUGAAACAGCUAGGGGGCCUGGUUUACUGUCUCAACAGGAGGUAUUGGGGCAUACAGCGAACAGCAGUCCUGCGUCCUCUAUUGCCAUGGUCCAACAGCAACAGCAGGUGGUACAACAGCAACAGCAGCAACAGCUUGCCCAGAUGUACCCCCAAGUUCAUGUCCCUCAUUUUACCAAUCUUAUGCCAUAUCAUCGGCAGUUCAUUUCUCCUGUCUACGUUCCUCCAAUGCCCGUUCCUGGUUACUCUAAUACUUCUGCCUACCCCCAUCCAUCAAAUGGAAGCAGUUACUUGGUGAUGCCUGGAAAUAGUUCUCAUCUGACUGCAAGUAGCCUCAAGUACGGUGUCCAGCAAUUCAAGCCUGUUCCCACUGGUAGUCCUACUGGGUUCGGGAAUUUUACUAGCCCAUCUGGUUAUGCUAUCAACACUCCUGGUGUUGUUGGAAGUGCAACAGGGCAUGAAGACUCAUCUCGGCUCAAGUACAAAGAUAACAAUCUUUAUGUCCCGAAUGCACAGGCAGAGACGUCUGGAAUGUGGAUAAACCCACGCGAUCAUUCUAGUCUGCAGCCCACUUCUUACUACAACAUGCCUGGGCAAACACCACAUGCCGCUUAUUUGCCAUCUCAUAGUGGCCACGCCUCGUUUACUGCAGCAGGUGCUGCUCAAUCUUCUCACAUGCAGUUUCCAGGCAUGUACCAUCCUGCUAGUCAGGCAACUGCAAUGGCCAGUCCUCAUCAUUUGGGGGCUAACAUUGGUGGUAACGUUGGGAUCGGCGUGGCUGCAGCAGCUCCUGGUGCACAACCAGCUGCCUAUCAGCAACAGCCCCAAUUGGGUCAUCUGAAUUGGCCAGGAAACUUCUGAGUUGCUUAGGACCCCCCUUGGAUCCCAAAGAUUGGCAUUGAAUAUAAGAUUUUUAAAUUUUGUUAUCAAUGUGAAGAACACUCGUCUUUUCUAAUCGAACACUAUCUUCUAAUCAAUGCAUCAAGUUUUGUUGAAA